CGGCCACAGACGCCCCGAAGAGGAAGAGGAAAAGGAAAAAGGGGGAGGAGCGGGGCUGGCGGAACGCCCCGACGCUGGGAAACUGAGGCACGCCCAAACACCAGGUUCUCCCUGUGCCCUCAGCUAACUAAAUCGAGUGCCUGCCUGGAAAGAACUACAUUUCCCGUCGACUUCCGCGCUCAACAAUAGGAAGGUUUCCUUCCUGCCCGAAGUCUUCUCCUCCUACAUCUCACCAGGCUCCGCCCUGCUGCCACUAAGCCUCAAAGCGGAGGGUCCCAGUGUCCCAACCAGGCAUGGCUGAUCCCCACCAGUUUUUCGACGACACAAGUUCUGCCCCAAGCCGGGGCUAUGGAGGCCAGCCAUCACCUGGUGGCCUGGGUUACCCCACCUCUUCAUCCGACAACGCAGCCUUCCUGGCUGCCCCUAUGUCCAACAUGGCGAUGGUCUACGGGAGCAGCCUGGCCGCUCAGGGCAAGGAGCUGGUAGACAAGAAUAUCGACCGCUUCAUCCCCGUCAGCAAGCUCAAGUAUUACUUUGCAGUGGACACGGUGUACGUGGGCAAGAAGCUCGGACUGCUGGUCUUUCCCUACCUUCACCAGGACUGGGAGGUACAGUACCAACAGGACACCCCAGUGGCCCCCCGCUUCGACAUCAAUGCUCCAGACCUCUACAUUCCAGCCAUGGCUUUCAUCACCUACAUCUUGGUGGCCGGCCUUGCACUGGGGACCCAGGAUAGGUUCUCCCCAGACCUCCUGGGACUGCAGGCGAGCUCUGCUCUGGCCUGGCUGACUCUGGAAGUCGUAGCUAUCCUGCUCAGUCUCUACCUGGUCACUGUCAACACCGACCUUACCACCAUCGACCUGGUGGCCUUCUUGGGCUACAAAUAUGUGGGGAUGAUUGGCGGCAUCCUCACAGGCCUGCUCUUUGGAAAGAUUGGCUACUACCUGGUGCUUGCUUGGUGCUGUGUGUCCAUCUUUGUGUUCAUGAUCCGGACACUGCGGCUCAAGAUCCUGGCCCAGGCAGCAGCCGAAGGAGUGCCGGUGCGCGGGGCGCGGAACCAGCUGCGCAUGUACCUGACUAUGGCGGUGGCGGCUGCGCAGCCGGUACUCAUGUACUGGCUCACCUUCCACCUUGUACGGUGAGCUGCGGCCUGGCCUCCAGCU